UCGAUAAGCUGGUGAGGAAGACUCCCGGCAUUUUUGUUGCGUGCUGAGAGCAGUCUUCGAAUUUUUAAGCAUAACAAAUUAAGACAAAAUAAAUAGCUUAAGCACAAUGGAGAGUCCGUUCCAACGCAGACGCGUCAGCCUGCUGCGUCCUCCGCUAAGCAGCACCCAAAACGAGCAAGCACACAAUCUAUCGAUAACGCUGCUGCCCGAGGAACAGGAGAUGCUGAGAAACACCAGCGCCGGAGCUUUGGGACUCCUGAGUCGACUCCAGAAUCGCACAGCGCACAACGCCAACGAAAUAAGCCGCCUGAGCGGCACAGAUGGCGGCACAUUUGCUGUAGCUGUGGAUGACGUCAACGAUGAUGCGGAUUAUGGGCGAGGUAAAGCGGACGUUUUGUUUGCGCACUUCUACGAGAUUCACCACACGCAUACAAAUGCCAACGAUACCUUGGAUGUGGUACAGCAGCUGGUGCAGGCCUGCCAGCAGAUUGUCGACCAGCUGCAGAUAGAAAUUGAGCGCGGUGUUGGCGGCAAUCAGGGCGCCAAGCAGCGCGAAGCGAGCGUCAGCUGGCUCAAGCAGGAGAUCAACACGUGGCGUCUGCUCUAUGGACUGUAUCAUGAUCGCCUGCUGCUGCAGGCCGAUGCGCAUGCGGAGGAUGAGCUGAUGAUGCAAGAUGGCCCCAUGUUGGGCGCCAGCGAAAAGGAGGUGAUCCAGCAGCUAUUCUCGAUCAAUGCCCAGCUGCGCGAGUAUCAGUUGGUGAUCGAUUGGCUGGAGAAGUGUCAUGAACAGAGCGAGCAGUCGAAUGCGCUGCAAAGUCACGAUCGCAUGAUGGCCUGGGAGAAUACGCUCUUCCAGCUUGAGAAUCUGCAGGGCGCCGCCUUUGGUCGGGGCCACGAGAUAUGCCGGCAACUGGAUCCGGAUGCGCCGGUCCGCGAACGCCAGCCGCUGCAUGCCCUCGACAUGGAGGACAAUGGCCGCUUGAGUCGCGCUAUUUUCGCUGCCAUACGCAGCGGGCACAUCGAUGAGGCGCUGAAGCUUUGCAAGCAUUAUGGGCAGACGUGGCGAGCGGCCAUAUUGGAGGGUUGGCGGCUGCACGAGGAUCCCAAUUGUGCGCGACAUGUGGGUGGCCAGGCGAACGAGAAGCUGCCCAUUGAGGGUAAUCCGCGUCGUGACAUUUGGAAACGAUGCGCCUGGCUGUUGGCCAAUUCCACCAAAUACGAUGAAUAUACGCGAGCUACGGCCGGCGUUUUCUGUGGCCAUUUGGAUGCCUUGAAAUCGCUGCUGCACAACAGUUGGCAGGAUCUGCUCUGGGCGUAUCUCAAGGUGCAGAUCGAUAUACGGGUGGAGAGUGAGAUAAGGGGCUGUUGUCUGAAACGGUAUCAGCCCAUGCCCGAUGAGUACUGGAAUGGCAAGAUGACGCUUGAGCAGAUCUUCGAUGAGCUGAACGUCGCCAAGGAUUUGGCGGUGCGUGACUAUGCGCAGAGUCAACUCGGAGUCAUUCAGCAGCAUCUCAUCCUUGACACGGCCGGUGAACUGUUGAAACACAUGUGCCGCUGGCUCGACGCGGUGCCGAAGGAGUCGCAGUUGCCGCCGCAUCAGCUGCGCUUCAUGGCGCACAUUGUGCUGUUUAUGCGGCGGAUUGGACGACUGGAGCCGCAGCCGCAGCAGCAGCAGGCGGAUCGCAUCAUUGCCGCCUAUGUGGAUGCCCUAAUCCAACGUGGCGAUCCACAGCCCAUUGCCUACUAUUCCGCCGGUUUGCCCAAGAAACUGCAAGUUCAGCUCUAUGCCAAGUUUCUCACCCACAUUCAUGAGAAGCGUCCCCGGGAGUUGGCACUGGAGGCGGCCAUCCAGGCGGGUCUUGAUGUGGAGCAAAUAACGCUGCACACCGUGGAGAGCAUAUGCGUAGAUGGCACACCGGUCAGCGCCAUGGGUGAACCGCAUACAGGUGAAAUAUCUGCGGGAGACAAGCGCAAGAUUCAAUCGCUGGAAUAUCUAAUCCAUUUGGUGGAGCAGCGCGGUGAGCUGCUGUGGCAGGCGAAUGCCAUGAUGCGCCAGUAUCUGGCCAGCAACAAGAUAGAGUGUGUGCGUCGAGUGUUUUCCAUGGUGCCAGACGAUGUGACCGCCCAACUGAUCAAGAUUUACGGUGCACCCGACAAUUUUCCGCCUCGAGAGGAGUGCAGUCUGCGGGAAUAUCUCUGCUUUCGGAUAUAUUUGGCUGGCAUCGAUAGCUUCAAUGACUGGACACAGUUGCAGCAGACACGGCCACAGCCACCGGAGCCGGGCGCACAGAAAUCGACUAUCAGUCACCACACGCAGGACAACUUCACGGAGCGCAUGAAUGCCCAGCACAAGGAGAAGGCCUAUCUCAGCGAUCUGUCUCGCUGGAAACAGAAGCUCAAGGAGCAGUCGAAGAUUACAACGGAGGCGCUGUUUAACGUGCUGCUGUUUCCGGAGAAGGGUUGGCUCAACGAUCCCUUCAUUGCCAAGGAACCGGAGAAUGCAUCGCUGCUGCACUGGGAGCAUCGUCUGGUGCAGAUGGAGAAACUGCGCUCCAUUUGCCUGCCCGAGAUUGUCCUCCUGCUGCACGAAGUGAUGAUGAAGUCCAACGAUUUUGCCGGCUGUGUUCGGUUGGCCGAUGAAAUCGCCGACGAGGGUCGCCAGCUGUAUAAGGUGUACACCAAGCACAAGUUGGCCGAUGUGCUGUCCAAGAUUGCAGACUCCUCGCUGCAGCUGCUCAACAUUAAACUGGAUCCCUGGGGUUAUCCCAUCACUGCCUAAGUCGGAUUUUCCGCUCAACAUAUUUUUUUAAAAGUGAUUUUGGAGCGCAAAUUGCGAUUUAUUAGAAUUAUUUGAUGUAAUUUUUAAAACAUUUA